AUGAGAUCAAACCCUUUGAUUGGAGAAGGAAAUACCAUACCAAAGUUACAGAAAUUGAGAGCUGAUUACUCUUCAUAUGUCAGUAAGAAUCUACCAAAUGCAAACUCAAGGCAAGGAGCUCGCAAUUGGAACCAGUCAGCAACCCCCAUAAGAUCUUUAGGAGCUGGCAUUAGGCCAAAUGUUCCUCUUUCUCGAUCAUCUUUGAAGAGAGGAAGCCAAGGUGCUAAUUCUAAUUUAUCUAUUGGCCAUGCUUAUAAUACUUUAGAAGUUCCUAAUAUGAAAAAUCAAAAUUCAUUUGACAGAAGGUUUUCUCAGAACAAUAAUAUGAAUGCGACAGUUAAUUUUAGAGAGCAAAAUAAUUCUUCAGCUGGAGAGGUGAAUCCACCUCCAUUGAUGCCUGAAAUGUAUAAUAAUCUUAAUACUGGACCUCAGUUUCCUACAGGAGGAGGUUAUAACGCAUUCACUCCUCAGAACUUUAAUCCUGUGCCUAUGGGAUAUCAGAUGAAUCAGAACUUAAUGCAAUCGGCUCCUAUGGGACAGAAUACAAUGAUAAAUGCUCCUAUGAACCAGAAUAUGGCACAAACAAUGCCGAUGAACACUAUAGAUCCAUCAAAUCCUUAUGCUUCGUUUACCCCUCAGAAACCUCCUCGAGCUCCGAUGGUGUCGUCAUCACCUCAGACUUAUGCUUCACCGCCGUCUAAUAUUCCUGGAACAGGUGAAACAGACUAUUCAGCUCUGAACAAUAGUAAAGAGCUGGCUGUCAAUAGUUCAUUCGAGUCUGCAGCGACUAUCUCUAAGCCUAGAGAGGGUGAGCCUGGCCAUAUCGAAACUCCUCAGAAUUUCGAUGUUAGUGCAAAAUACAAGCAAGAAGAAAAAGCUCUUCUAAACCAAUUCCUUCAAAAACAGAUGUAUGAAAAAUAAGAUCAAAGAUGAAGAAGAGCGUAUCAGAAAGCUCAAGGAAGAAGCUGAUGAAGAUUCCAGAAUCAUGAGAGAGCAAGACGAGAUCUCUAGGAAACAAUUCCUUGAAAAUGAUGCAAGGCAUGCAUUUAGGCGCCAAAAGAACCUUCCUAAUUAUGAAGACACUCUUCCCCGGAGCAAGAAGGUGGGAUUUUUGAGCAAUGUUAUUGUGAAAGAGCCUAAAGCUAAUGCUUUUGAUGAUGAAUACUGGCAAGCCAAGAGGAAUUCUAAGAAAUACUUUGACCAUUUCCCUCAAGAUGUCCGGGUAGGAGAACUCCAGAGAUUACUUGAGCUAAAGUUCCAGAACUCUCAGACCGAACUUAAGAGAGUAUUCCAUGAAAAUAUGAGAGAGAUAAAACUAGAGAUUGACUCAAAACAAACUAAUAUGGCUAAGCACUUGAGAGAUCUGAAGAACAUUGCUCAAAGAGAAAGAGAAGAGAAAGAUAAACUCCAGCUUGAAGUAGAAAGGCUAAACAGGGAGAAGAUUAAUCUUGCUGAGAGAGAGGAAAUCGUUAAUUCGAUUCUCAGGAAUGAUAUGACUUAUAAAACACCUCCACUGCCAAAAAUUAAGAGUGCAGCAGAGGAUAUUAGGAUCGAUUUUGACACAAAGGGGUAUAACACCCAUCCUAUUAAUGUGACCAAUACUACCUCAUACAUUAGCAGGAAUACAGCUGUUCCGUAUUAUGAGAACAUUGAUACUUCAAUGCUUGAGAACAGCAACCAUGGGCUUGAUGAUGUCCUUGAUUUCGAAGGAGAAACUGACAUCAUUUCAGCAGGAGACGCAAAGGACACAAGCAUCAGUAGAAUUAGAACGCUACAGAAGGAUAGACUGACUUUAAUUGGAGACAUUGAGAAAUAACAUGAAUAAUAAUAGGAAAAUUGAUAUCUCAGGGUCUCUUAAUCGGAUGAGAAAGGCUAAAGCCAAACCUUUACGAUUUACCUCUGGGAAAAAGUCGACAAUAAAUAGAGAAAUGAGGAACAAAAUGCUUGUUCAGGAUUAUGAUUCUUCUAAAGAUGGCAUGAAAGAGUUAGAUUAUCAAGUAGAAGAUUCUUUAUCUCACAGUUUCAAGCCCAGGGUGGAUAACACCAUUAAAAUUAAUACAUCUGGGUAUGGGAACAGUGAUGAUUCAGAGAUUAAAUUCCCUUCACCUGGUCUGUUAAAUUUCAAUGAUGUGUAAA